GAUUCAUCAUAGCUACAGUAUCGCAGAGUUGUAAAGGUUCUAUGGGGUAUCCUUUGGGCAGUAUAUCUUCUACCUGCGAUAUUUUCCGCAAGAUUCAAGAAAACUCAAAUUAUUUAUACAUCAACGAUGACAAUGUCUCACAGUCUAAUCGACACGAUUCACCAAUACUCCUUGAUGGGGAUAUACUGGUCUAUCCUGGUUUCGUGCCGCCGAAGCACGUCCCUUGAGUGCACGACUCAACUCCCAUGUUUUUAUGCACACAGGGUGUGGAUAAUCACGGGAAAAAAUCGCUUGAUCACAAGGCAUGAUUGUGAGAUCACAUUCUCAUUAUUCCACACGAAAAGCGCUGAAGUUCUAUUCAGCACGAAGUUGUCGCCAGCAUCGACAUUUGCUAGUGCAAUAUGUGAUAUUUUCAUCACAGGGACAGUCUGGUUGUUCAUGAUAAGGUCAAAGUAUUAUAUCAAUGAACUGAUGUGGAUUUUUAUCGACAUGGGUUUGUUUUCCUGCCUUGUAGCGAUUACGAUGGCUGUGCUCGUAAGUCCUGCCGUCCAUGCAAAACUCGGAAAAUCAGGGUCAAGAUUACUCAAUGCUAGGAAGUCCAUCCGCGAACGAGAACGGCUUGCCUGCAAUGUCACGGAGCUUCCUACAAUACGUACAAUACGUUGA